AUGGCCACCACACAAUCCAGCAGCUUGGUAUCCAAGCUCCCCAUCCGCCUCCGCAACUUCUUCGCGCGCUAUCCUCCGCAAAUCUAUUCCGCAGCCGUAGCACCACGCCCCGAAGCCCCCGAAACUGGUGCCCCCGUCAACGUCAACGUCGAGGAUCUUCCCUCUCCUUACACGCCCAACCGUGAUGCUAAGGGUUUCAAGCGUCCCGAUCCCAAGGCAUUCUCUCCCUCCAAGGCCAUCCUGCACUCCGACUCCAAGCACCCCAACCCGUUCCUGCCGCGCAAGAACUUCCGCACCGGCAAGUGGUUCGGACCCCGGAUUGGACUGCGUCGACAGGCGGAGCUGGUGAAGUUGGCGAUCAAGUACAACGUUGAGGCUUUGUUGCCGCCUGGCCGCAAGUCGACGGAGUUCAAGGAGACGAGACGUGCGGAGCGUGGUUUGGCUAUCAAGGGUACUGGUAUCGGACAGAAGGUCAAGGGUCACAAGUGGGAGAGGACGAUGGAGGCUCGUCUGGAGGACAGACGCAAGGCUAUGAUGGAGAUGCCGGAGAUGAUCCGUUUGUGGAAGCAGAGAGGUCACGGUCGUGGCUGGAAGUCGUGGCCCAAGCGGUAA